AUGAGUCUCUUUGCUUCCUCAACACUUACCAUCUGUGCACCACCACAUGACCACAACGACAACCACUUCACUCAUCCUCCUCGCAUCCUUCCAAUCCCCACAAAACAGCACGCUAUAUUCCGCCAUACAUAUGCUGAUGACUCCAGUUUCGGUGAACUUAACGUCUCUUCAUGGACUUCAUCCAUUGCUCGUUACUGUCGAACCGGUCGUUUAGAUCGUGCUGCUGCCGAGUUCACUCGUAUGAGAGUUGCCGGAGUCGAACCUAAUCACAUUACCUUCGUGACUCUUCUCUCCAGCUGUGCUGAUUUCCCUUUACAUGCUCUUUCUUUUGGAUCUUCAAUUCAUGCUCUCGUCUGUAAACUCGGGUAUGAUAAAGAUAACGUCAAGGUGGGUACGGCUAUCGUUGAUAUGUACUGUAAAUGCAAUCGCGUGGACAUUGCUUGCUUGUGCUUUGAGAAGAUGGAUUUCAAGAAUAAAGUCACCUGGAAUACUCUGGUAGGUGGAUUGAUGAGAAACGGAGAAAUUACUAGAGCAGUCCAGGUGUUCGAUGAAAUGCCUGAAAGAGAUGUAAUUUCAUAUACAGCGUUAAUUGAUGGGUUUGUAAAGAAAGGUCAUUACGAACAUGCAUUGGAGUGGUUUCAAGAAAUGCUGGCUUCUGGAAUUCAACCUGAUCAUGUCACCAUUGUUUCUGCACUCUCUGCUUCUGCAAAUUUAGGAGCACUUGGAUUAGGCUUAUGGCUUCAUCGACUUGUACUAAAAGUCUCAUGGAACUCCCUCAUUGUGGGAUUCGCUCUUAAUGGGAAUCCAGAAAACACUCUCAAGUAUUUUUACCAGAUGCAGAAAGAUGGUUUCAAUCCAGAUGAAGUGACCUUCACUGGAGCUCUUACUGCAUGUAGCCAUGGUGGCUUAAUCGAUCAAAGUCUGAAACUUUUUGACAUGAUGACACAAGACUAUAAAAUAACACCAAGAAUCGAGCAUUAUGGAUGUUUAGUAGAUCUUUAUAGUCGUGCACGUAUGUUAAAACAAGCCCUGAAUGUUAUACAGAAUAUGCCCAUGAAACCAAAUGAAGUUAUAUUAGGAUCAGUUCUUGCAGCAUGUAGAGUGGCUGAAGAUGUGGAAUUGGCUGAAAAGUUGAUGUGGUUUAUAAGUGAAGUAAACCCUGGUGGGGAUUCGAAUUAUGUUCUUCUUUCGAAUAUAUAUGCUGCUGGAAAAGAUUGGCAUAAGGCAAGUAGUGUGAGGAAGAGAAUGAAGAAUAAAGGUAUUGAGAAGAAUCCAGGUGUGAGUUCAAUUGAAAUUGAUGGUAAAGUUGUUAAAUUUGUGGCUGGGGAUAAAUCUCAUGAUAAAUCUGAGUGUGUUUAUAAAAUGUUACAAAAUCUUUCUUGUGAGUUGAUGAUUUCUGGGUAUGUUCCAGAAGUUAAUAUGAGGGAACAUUAA